GCUAUGUGCCUGCUUCGUCUUGUUUGUGAGACCUGAUUUCGAGUGUUGCGUUUCGUGUGACCCGGAUUCAAAAAAACGUGUUGCUCGUGUUCAGCCAUGUAUCUGUUCUGCAUUUGAGUGCCCUGAUGGCAGUGAGAGCUGAGAAGCAAUGAAACGGAGGUGCUACGCACAACUGUGUAGGAUGUUGGAAUUGGAACGCGAGUGGAAGACUUUGUAGUCGGGCGCACAAUCUCCAUUUGAUGACGCACGUGAAUCGGAAGUUCGUUUGUUCCUGAAAAUUCCUUGAAUACUUGAACCUUCAGUCAGGACUUGAUCGCAGAAGCGGAAGACUCAUACAGGGAAUAGCAUGCGUUGAAGCGUUCCUGUUUAAUUUCUCAAACAGACUAUCUGACCGAAACGUUUGUUGAAAGCACCUCUAAGUGUCCACAAAUUUCAGCAGUUUGUGUGACUGUUUGAAUUGCCGUCUUUUUUUCAUUCAUGAUACCUAUUUCCGACUGUGCUGUGCUCUUCUAGAGUGCAAUACCAAACCAACAGUAACGAGGGAAUUCCAUACACUUUUCCAUUAUCUAGAGCUUGUAUUGACGCAACAGAACAUGACGAUCUAAGCUGUGAGUUGGGAAUAUUACACUUUGACUCCAGUUCGCUUCUGUGUUUUUCUGUCUUUCAAGUUCAAAUGCAAUCGCCGUAAAGUAGUGAUCGUCAGGAAGAGAAAGUAGCAGCAGGUGUGAUAAGUAGUGUUUCGUGACUCCCUAUUUCCCGAACUCUCUGUUUACAAUAAUGACCGAUGCGGUAAUCCGGUCUUCUUAUGUCACUCCUUCAGUCUCCGUUUCUGGUGCGAUCCAAAAGUUGCGGUAUGUGGGUGCGGAAUUAGACCAAAAAAAAGCUUCGAUGCCGUGAAUUGUGGGGGGGCGUUGGAAAGACGCUUUUGGAGAAAGAAAACCGGACACCGUUGUGUUUCCGUGUGUGCCAAUCUCCGUGACAACGACUGCGUCCGAGAAUAGGUUCCGGAAACGACUCGGAUUGCAUAGAAGUACUUGCAUACCUAAGUCAAACCUUAUCCCUUCAUGACUGAUGUGCUUCUCCAAGUGAACAGUGAAAUCCGUUGUUGUGAAUCGAGGCCUACACUUGUGAAACCCGAAGAUUUGUCGAGAUUAAAUGACACGGAGGCUUUUGGUUUGCUCCGUAACAGGUGUGUGUUGGAGAAAUCGCUGACCCGUUGAUGACCACUUCGAUCUGUACUUGUGUAGAGCGGUUUCGCCCUGACCACGUGUGAAUUAUUAUGAUCAUCAACCUGGUCUCUCUUCUGAAACGAGUCCUAAAAGGCUUCAGUUUCUACCCAGGGCUAAUGGGGUGCCAAGGCCCCCACGGUUGAAACGCAAUAUUGAAAAAAUGUGUGACUCGCCUUCCUGUGUCCUGUCCAACCCCCUCAACCCGAAUGCUUCUCGCUCCCCGCCGCUGUCUAGCCUACCGCCACCUACUUCCCCGUUGCCUCAGUUGCCGUCUCGUCCGCUCCUUGUAAAACUGGCGCCGCUGUCGCCGCCUUCCCCGACACUUCAUUCCAAUCGUAGGGCACCUGUAAGUGAAGAUUCGCUUUCAGCAGACCUCUUCACGAAACGUGAAGUGGGCGUUCUGCAUGUUCACCUGCGCCGCUACAGCGACAGUUACCUUCGUAAUCCAAGGCACCACCCGAGCAAAAUCAGUGGCAGUAACAGUGAGAUUACGACGGAAGGGUCUCCCCACCUGGCCACUCCUGCUCUACGAUCGUUUUGCUUCUCUCGCCCGGCCACUGGCUCGUUAGAACGGCAACCCCUGUCCAGCCAGGGGCGUCUGCCUGAACCAGAAGAGUUGGCGCCAAGCCAGACGUACGUUCCGGAAGCUCGAAGAGAUUGCUUGGACAUGAAUUCUCUAACUGACGACCUUCCCAGCGCAAAUUCUGGCGGGAAGAAUUGGCGCUUUCCUCACGAAGGAAACGAUCAGUGGACCGAACCCUCUGAAUCAUCUCUGCAUUACCUGAAACACCCCAGCUCUGGGGCUGCCGCAGAAAAGGAUGGCAACCGGAUUCAGCCUCUGUUUUGUCUACCGAGCGACGCGGGAGCGCCUCACUCCACUGCUCCUCCGUCUGUCGGUAACUCUACUGGAAAUGCCGGCGCGGGAUCAACCGCGACGACGAUCUACUUCAGCGGAAACAGCAGCAGCAGCAACAUGAUGACCGCUGACGAGGGUUCCGGAUGCGUUUUCGCAUCACCAGCGGCUGCAGUCGCUGCAGUACAUCACACGGGAACCGGUGAGAGCAGUAUGGCUAGCGACCCCAAAGACGGCGAUGGAGGCUUCACCAACUGCCAGAUCAUUGCCAAUCGCAGGAGAGGUCGCAGCAAAACCUGUAGCGCAAUGCACCAGAACCUUUUGCGACAAGUUGCCGGGACAGCCGACGGCGUGACCGCUGGAGAUCCGUUACGGCGUGUCCGGUUCAGCGUCGCGGACGAGUGGUGUGAAGACGGCCCUCGCAGAACAUUUACUGGAGCAGGCUUUGGCGGGACUGGGUCCCAUUUCGGCGGAGAUGGAGGGGGGUUACUCGACUUUCCAAGCGGACAACUGACCAUGACUUUCGAUGCCACCAGCGGGGGAUUCGCCGCUGGCGGCAGCAGCCUCGCACCCCCCAGUGACGCCUUCAGCAAGGGGGACUUCGCCUUCCUUCCCGAUGCGCACUCAAACAUGUCCUGCUACUUCCACAGUUCCCACCCUUCUGUCAGCUACUGGUGUGCCUCCAAAAAAGCUGUAGCAGCGGCAGCCGCUGCUGCCGCCUACGAGGAAGAAGAGGGAGACAGUCCAGAGGACGGGCGCGACGCUGGCGAUCAUCAGAAAAUGCCGUAUCGUCUGCACCACGCCGCUGAAGCUCUGUCUACGGCCGAACCUUUUCGCCGGUCAACCAGAAGCGGGUCUCGGCGCCACAGUGCUGUGAGCUACUCAGCCGCUCUCGCGGCGAUUUCUUCGACUUCCGCCAGGAAGGGCUCAGAGCGUUUCUUUCCCGGCCACUUUUGGGGAUUUGAGAAGACAGCAGACGCUGGAGGCAGUGGUGAAAGCGCUCAGAAACCGCUUCUGUCUGAGGGGGAUGUGACAGGCACUUUCCCGCUACACACACAGACCGUUCAUCGGGUAGGCGCGUACUCGCCCGCUCACAGCCACAUCUACGGCUACGAAGACUGGCGUAGCCUCGUUGGGGCGCCCUCGAGCGCAUGCAAAUCCCUAAAAGCCCAACAGCAACAGCAGGUUCUUCUACAACAGAGUCUUCUUCACCGUCACCACAACCUAGGACGGGGUGGGGAACUUUUUGGACGGAGAAAUAGCUGGUGUGCGUGCCGCCCUCUAGGCAGCUGCAGAUGCUGUCCACGAACUACCGGCGGGCUCGAAAAAGACGAACGUGAGAUAGGAAGACAUUUGUGCGACGGUGUGGCGAGAGGCAGUUCUGGAAGAGAGCCUCCACUUUUCGACACGCGGCUGCUACGUGGAGAUGAUGACGAGGAGGAAGACGAAGUGGAGGAGUCGCCAAGUCCCGAAGACGCAGCGGAUGACGAUGUGGAGCCGGAGAGUCGGCUCUUCAUCGUGAGUCGUGUGAAGAGACGCUCGUCGCCGCAGCGCACACCUUCGAGCCCGAAAAGUGGGCACCUGGUUCAGCACUCGUCUUUGCCUCCCCGCCCUCACAGCGGUACGUGUCCCUUGGAGGGAGGAACUGUUUCUCGGUCAGGAAGAGUACCAGGUCUCUCAGCAACCAGCCGCGGUGGCCAUACACCGGAAAAGAGCGAACGGCCUUUCCUCUCAUCGGGCACAGACGCCACAGCCGCGGGAGCAGCGACAGCGGCAGUUCCGCCUUCGCUGUCGCCGCCAGGGGUCGUGGAGGUGUCUCUGUCGCCUUCGCGAGGCGGUCCGGAUGAAGGAAACUGUGGCGCCGGAAACAAGAAAGCAAGCUUGUGGACCCCUUCGUCUCUGUUGAAGUCACUUGCCAGAGGCGGCGGGAGCUCGAGUGCGAGUUCGAGCAGCGGAAACAACACCGCCUCUUCCAAGAGCAAUAGUGCAGCGACCAACGCAGGUGGAAUUGUGAGAGGUAGAACGACGGGAGAGUUUUCUUGCUCUGAGCCAAGUACUUCUAGAGACGGGCACUGGUCCCAUACCUGCUCGUCGGGAAGUGUGCACACGCAGCCCGGAAGCAAAGAAGGAGUGGAAGCAGCUCUGUCGAGCAGCGGAGCCGGUGUGCCAGCCGGACGAAAGAGUAGAACUAUUGGAGGGGCAUCCUCGUUUGCGUCUACCUACGUAGGGCUUUCAUCCUUGGCGCGGGUCCUCCGUCCGCGACGGCAUUCCCACCACUACGACACGAAAGGAACCACUCUCUCUGAUUCGGGAGCUCCUGGGCAACUUGUUCUUCCGCCGCCGUCUCCGCCCCCUGCUCCACAAAUUGGAGACGACAACCUUUCACAAGAGGCUGAUAACGCGGCAGCGGGACCUGUGUGUGGAUCCUGCGAACAGCUCGCCGUCCCGCAAACGGGAUCGCAAAAGUUGCUCGAGAGUGUGUCUCUGAAUCCGCCUUCCCUAUCCUCGGGGAAAACUCGAGUGGCCACGGACUCGCACUGGGGCCAUAACUCAGAAGAAGACAAGCCACCCCCGCUUUCGUCGUGUGCAAGGACUUCUCAGGUGUCUGUACACUGUACACGUGCCGGUGUCGGAAGUGGGAAGGAUGACGCAUACGUCUCCAGCGGGCAUGCUUCCACACAACGCUCCGUGGUUUCUCGAGACAAACCGGAGGAAGAUUGGGAGGUUCAUCGUGCAGGGGCUGAACCAGAAAAGGAAGAAGUCCACGUUUGCCGAAACGGAGACAGAAAUUGCAACGCAUCGUCGGCAGCAGCGACUCGCAGAAACGAAAGAAGAUACCACACAGCCCCCUCCAAUUCGGAGUUUCACGAAAACCAAGCCACAGCUGCAGCGGACUACGAAGCAGCGGUCGCCGCCGGGAAAGGAGAGCAGAACAACGAUGCAGCUGGCGCAGCCCGUUCCGCAGCAGCUGCAGGUUCUCUCCUUGGAUCUUCUUCGUCAUCCAGCGACUCUUUCCCUGCAGACGAGAAAAAUGGCCGCCAUCUGCCCGUCUUGCUGGGGCUUCGCCACUCGGCAGAUUCGUAUCUUUUGGAGCCUGAAGGCGACGGAGGCGCCCUCGGGUCCUACUCUGGGAGAAAAGUUGGUAUCUUUCGGCGACACUUCGGCGGCGCCCACCGCGUAGCCUCGGGACCCAGGGGAGGGGAGGAGACCGGAGAAGAAGGAAAGCCUCUGUCUCCAGCUUACCACCUCCAGAAAGUGAACGGUAGCAAAGUUUUCCCUUUUCGACGGAGUCGCAGCAGCAGUCGCCAGGCUGGCUCCUGCACGGCGCAGGCUCCUCCAGAGGGAGGCUUCGCAUGCAGUCGUGAAGGCAGCAGAGCCAGAGGACUCGCCCACACACAGAAGAUCUCUUCCCAUCUUUCGGGUCUUCACGAGUUGGCUGCGCCUCUGCAGCCGGCCCAGGAGAGCCAUCUGCGCAGCGGCGCCACAGCGAUCGCGCAGAGCGCCGAAGAAGGCCAGUUGCUUCAGCGAGGCUCGAGUGCGACGCAUGCAGGAGAUCAGGAAACAGAAAACUACGACAUCCAGUUCGGCGGAUUGCUAGUGCGUCUGCACCGGAAACUGAGUGCCAAGUGCCACUGCCAAUUCGACGUCUGGGAAGGCGAGGCCGUCGGCGUAGUGCCAUCAGAGGUGCACGCAGCUGCUGCCGCAGCAGCCGCGCUCGCCAAAGAGAACGCUGGAGAAGGGAGCGCGGGCUCGUCGCAGACUCAGAAGGGCGAGGCGAUUGGAAAGAAGUCCAACAGUUCAGCAGCAGCGGAGGAAGAAGAAGCAAUUGUGGAGGACGCCUCGACUCUAGCGAAGCUGCACACAUCGAUUGUCGGACUCGGGAAACGAUUUGCGAUCAAGCUCCUCGAAAUCGACGGCUGCGACGCGUCAAAGCUCAAGUACAAGACGCACUCUGUGCUUCAGGAGGGAAAGCAGCUGAGAAGUCUCUGUCUCCAGCUGUGGCGGUCGCGAGCAGCGGCUGCCGCCCAAGGACCGAACAGUUCCCGCCUGACGGCCCAGCAACGUCUUCUGCUCCUGCAGCUUCAGCAACAGCCCCAGCCGCUCCACCAUCCCGAGGUGUACGUACAGCAGCUGGACCGCAUGCUGUCGAACCACGGCACUGCCCCUGUGCCCCAGGCCGGCGGAGGAGGGAGGAGCUCGGGAGGCCCGUUUUCUGCCUCUCCAGGCGUCCAGCUGCCUCUAUUGCCCAUCCCGCGAUAUCUCUGGACAAGCCGCGGUGUGAAGAAAGACGGCACUCGCGUUUUGGGCGUGAGUAUGGAGAGAAUCGAAGGACGUUCUCUGACGCAGAUUCUCCAGCAGAUGCGCGUGCCUACAAAAAAGAGUGCAGCACUCCUCGCCGUCGAGAUCGCCAUCAAGCUGGUCCGCGCGCAGGCACUUCUCGCGUCGCCCGCUGCACUUGAAAAACCCAUCAUUAACUGGGACACGAAGCCGGGGAAUGUCCUGGUGGAGCUUACGCGGAGUGUAUCUACACAGCAACUCCACUGUCUCCGGUGCGUCAUCAUCGACCUUGGAGACGCUCUCCCAGGACCAAACUUUUCGUUCCCGACGCGGCAUCAGCCUGGUGUGUCUCCGUCCUACAUCAUUUGCACGAAGGGUUACUGUUCGCCAGAGUGCGCGAUUCUUGUGUUUUUGCUGGCGGCGGGGAGCAAGAGUUCUGCAUUCCGCAAAGUGUGGUACGGCCAGAAGAUUACCCCGGAGGAGAUGCUGACGGCGAAGAAGCAGCGCCUCGACUGUCGCUGGCAGUCGUGGAUCCGGAACGGAUUUCUGAAGCAGAUGUGCAUGAGUUCUGCACCUGCGGGUUCGCAGGACGCUGGGAAGGAGGAGGAGGCGCGUCGCGCAAAAGGCAAGAAAGACUCCGGGGCCUCUGAGGGAAGCGGAAAAAGCGGGGAGGGGGGCUCGAAAGCAGCGAGCAGCUACUGGGAAGUUUUGCUGAGUGAAAGCAGCGUCGUGUUCAGCACGGGGUUGGUCAUCGGCCAGUUGUUUGGCGGCCCAAAUCUUCUGCAAGUCGUCAAUCGGGACGAAGUCGCUGCGCUGGACGCCCUGUGUGAGUGGGGGUGUACAGACAGCCCAAACGUUUUGCUCGGCCGCAAGAAUUUGCACCCCGACGUUCUUCUGCCCUCUCAGGGCGUCUUUGCGGCAGAGCCCUGGCGCGGGUAUCUGAAAACCAUGCUCAGACACACCUUGGCGUUCUUGCCCAGCGACAGAUGGAGCUUCGAAAAGCUCGAGGCGUUCCUCAUUCGCCUGCAUGCAGAGCUCGCGGCCGCCCAACACGUUGUCGGGGUCUCGACGUCCUCGUACUCGGGUUCCACGACAGCGGGAGGAAACGGACCUCACUCUAGUUCUGGAAAUGCUCCCUCAGGCGAAACCAGUGGGACAGGCAGUAGCUGUGGAAGCGGCGCGCAGCGAAAUCCCCAGUGACAGACUCCACGAGAAACAUAACUCUCCUCACACCAAGGGUUCACAGGUGACCAGUUGGGUGUGAAGAAAAGUCUGGAAGAAACGAGGGGAUACCGAGGGGAAAAUCGAGGAAAUCUGGCAAAAACAGUGCAGCGACAGAAGCGAAAGGACGAGGGAGGAACGAGAAAUGUGGAGGCGGUGAAUAAAAAGAAACGAACGGAGAGAAAGAGGUACGUUUCUGGCCAAAGCUUGUUGUCACCAGAAUGCGGGCAGCGAGGCACAGAGAACCAGAGGUGAAGUCUGAGUCACUGGCGAGCCGGAUUUGAUUACAUCCAAAAAGUCGCAUGGUACAGAAAGGCGAAAUUGACGCUGACAUACUGGUCUGCGGUAGACGGGCGUUGUUGCUCGAAACAUCAACACCUGGACGGACGCCGAAACAUAAGGAAAGGAGUAAGCUUUAUGUGCACAUCUUGGUCCUUCCAAGUUUCGCUGGAAACGAGUUUGCUUGAGCAUUUAACACGAUGGUCGUGAAAAGCACAAGAGACCUUGGAUCCGGUAAACAAGGACCUUUAAGGUCUAAAUCAGCGGCUCGACUCGAAGUCUAGACUCGCCAGAAAACGAGAAACUCUCAAUCCCCAAACACGUAUCUACGUCACGUCACAUCCAGAAGGUUAAGAUCUCUGGCGACACCUACGACAGGUCGUUUCCUUUGCCUUGUUUGCUUCGUCUGGCGUGCUUUUCCGCGUUAUUGCGUUUUCUUUUCCGUGAAGACUGGCGCUCAACUGGGAUGUGCAGAGCUGUCGACAGUGCAU